AUGCCUACCCCACCUGUAGAGGCUAGGACAAGUGCAUGGAUGGGAGCUGUGGAUAACAGUAGCCAGGCCAGCUUUGGCAACAACAGCCCACGUAUCAACAGUCCAAAGGCAAACAUCCAGAAUCAGAAGAAUGAAGACAAGUCGACCAAUCAAGGCUUCGCCGAUGACAGUGGCGACCAAAGUACGGCACAGAGCGGGGAAGAAGGGUCUUCGACCGCGGACCAUCUAUCCACGGCAUCUACCGCAGUUGAAGAGAGCCCGGUUGAAUUGCAGCAGUUAGUGCAGAAUGUGAAAGAUCUCUUGGCGCAAGGACUACUGUUCCUCAAUGGUGCUGAACGUCAGAAGAAAGAGUAUGCAAAACUGAGAGAUGAGAUGAAGAAGCACAAUGAAGUGGCUGCCGAAUGGACAAGUGGGAUGCAGGACCUAUCGAGUAACUUCGACAGGCACGUACGACAAUGCAAGAAACACUUCGACAUGGAUACGGAUGGAGGAUCGGCGUCUGGAUCUUCAGAAUCCGAGUCAGAGACGAUAAGCUCAGAGCGGGGAAAUCGCCAGUCAGCCAGAGACACGAGAAGAGCGGCAGAUGCGGAGAAGAGGAGGAGAGGGAACCGCGCUGCACCAGGCGGGAAGGGAAACAGCAAGGGCAAUAAGUGGGAUACAAGGUUGAAGAUAAGGGAUGUUGUAUGA